AUCCCUCUCCCAUCGCCGCGGCGGCCUAUCCAUCUCUCUCCCCCGCACACGCUCUCCCUCCCAUGGCGCUCUCCCUCACCACCGCCUUCUCCCACCUCUCCCUCCCCUCCACCUCCAAGUUCCACCCGCUCCCCCUCCUCCACCUCCGCUUCCCCUCCUCCUCCUCCUCCCGCCGCGCCGCGCGCCUCGCGCUCGCCGCCUCCGCCGCCGAGGCCGCCGAGCCUGUCGAGGUGGAGGAGGCGCCCGCCGAGGACGGGGCGGAUGAGGUGGUGGCCGUGGAGGACGAGCUGUCCGGACCGGCGCUGCGAAAGUACGUGAAGCAGCGGCUUCCCGGGGGCUUCGCGGCGCAGCGGAUCACCGCCACGGGCCGCCGCAAGACGGCCAUCGCCCGCGUCGUGCUCCAGGAGGGCACCGGAAGGGUGUUCAUCAACUUCCGCGAUGCCAAGGAGUAUUUGCAAGGAAAUCCAAUGUGGAUGGAGUACUGCAAGGUACCCCUGGUGACCCUAGGGUUCGAGAACAGCUACGACGUCUUCGUCAAAGUUCACGGGGGUGGUCUCUCGGGCCAAGCCCAGGCCAUUUGCCUCGGCGUCGCCCGUGCACUGGUGAAGAUCAGCACCGCAAACAAAGUUACUCUGAGGGGAGAAGGUUUGCUGACAAGAGACACCCGUAUAGUUGAAAGGAAGAAGGCUGGUCUUAAGAAGGCACGCAAGCGCCCGCAGUUCUCAAAGCGUUAGAGUAUGCACAACCUUGUUGUUAGACUCAUUUAAAAGUUUUACAUUCCACAGUUUGUAUUGGCCCUUCUCUGUUAUUUUCUGUGCAAAUUAUGUGCUCCUCACCACAGACUUGUAAUCUUCGUUCUCUGUAAGCAAUUUUAUUGAGGUCACAAAAGGCAAUUAUCUUGAAAUCAUUCCUGAUA